GGCUUAGGCGUUUGUUGUUUUGCAGGCGGAUUUUUUUUGUGCUGAUUGCAUUGCAACUUUGUGCUGUUUACUUCAAGUCAAUUUGCUCGUCCGAAUGCCGGCUUUUGCUGAUACCGAACUGAUAAGCUAGUGAUCGUUUUCACUCUGUUGGCAGUGAGUUUCUCAAUAUUAUCACCGUUCUAUAGCAGUGCUGCUGCGGUGAUCUCCGCUUGAGUAGAACGAUGAUGGGGACUCAUCGAUCAAUAUAUCUUUUGUUGCCGCUGGUUGUAUUACUCUGCGGAGAAGCCUCUCCCAGUUACGUGUAUCAAACAAAAUAUUUGGACGUCCCGUUGGAUCACUUUAACUACGUCAAUGAGACCGUCACAUUCAAACUAAGAUAUCUGGUAAAUGAUACCUACAACACGGACGGCAAUGGUCCGAUCCUGUUCUACACCGGCAACGAAGGUGACAUCGAACUGUUCGCACAGAACACCGGCUUCAUGUGGGAACUUGCGCCGAAGCUGAAAGCUUCGCUGGUAUUUGCCGAACAUCGGUUCUACGGAAAAACGCUUCCCUUCGGGAAUGCUUCCUACGAUUCUCCCCAACACCUGGGCUAUCUCACUUCGGAACAGGCACUGGCAGAUUUCGCCUUCCUGCUGGCGGAGAUUAACCCAAUCAAUCGCACGACACGUGGUCGACCGGUUGUUGCGCUCGGCGGUUCCUACGGUGGCAUGUUGGCCGCUUGGUUCCGAAUGAAGUAUCCCCAUCUGGUGGUGGGAGCGAUUGCCGCUUCCGCUCCCAUUCGGCAGUUCGAUGCCAACUGCGGCGUGUUCAAUCAGAUUCUGACGUCGGUUUUUACGGUGGCCUACACCAGAGAGUGCUCGCAGAACAUAGCCCGCUCGUGGGAAGCGCUGAAAAAUUACUCUUCCACGGCCGAUGGACUCAAAAUGCUGCAGGAUAAGUUUAAAUUCUGCACCAACGUUACCAAAGCCGAAGACAUAACCGAAACGUUCUUCGAUUACCUGCAGGAUGUGUACGGAAACCUGGCUAUGAUUAACUAUCCGUACAAUUCAAGUUUCCUGGCACCGGUGCCAGCCUAUCCGGUGCGAGAGUUUUGCGGACGGUUGGCGGAAAACUUUACCGGUGCGGAGCUGAUUUCCCGCCUGCAGGAAGCGCUCAGCAUUUACUCCAACUACACCGGACAGACCAAGUGCCUGGAGAUUAGUUCCUCUUACGAUAGCAGCCUCGGUGACAAGGGUUGGGAAUUUCAGUCCUGCACGGAGAUGCUGAUGCCUAUGUGUUCCGAGGGCGGCGGGAAGGAUAUGUUCCCCAAAAAGCCGUGGGAUGAGAAGAAAAAUUCGGACGAGUGCUUUAAGAAGUUCGGCGUUCGGCCGAAGCCGAACGCUGCCUUCACCAUGUAUGGUGGUCAAUAUUUAGACGGUGUCUCGAACAUCAUCUUCAGCAAUGGCUUGCUGGAUCCGUGGUCCGGUGGUGGCGUGCUGCGGUCAGGCAAUAGCAACAUAAAAAUCGUACUGAUCCCCGAAGGGGCUCACCACAUUGAUCUGCGUGCGGCGAACGACAACGAUCCCGGAUCGGUACGGGAAGCCCGGGAAAUACAUUUACUCAACAUUCAACAGUGGCUAAAGCAGUUCCGCAAGGCAAAGAACUUUCGUUGAUUGACGCCCCUCCCCCCAAACUUGAGAUUCUUUUUUUCCAGUAACGUUCUACUAGUUAGAUUAUAUUAUAAAAAAAAGAUGGUUGAAAUAUAGCUUACAUCUAGAUCAUUUUCGGUCCAAACAGUGGUGACUGUUU